AAGUUUUUUGUUUUUUUUUUUAAUAGAGAACUUGCAUUUGAUAUAAACUUUAUAGAACUAUUUAUAAUUUUUUGAUUUAUGUGCCAAAAUAAAUUGUACAAAGAUAUAUAGUUUUAUACUCUUGCCAUUGAAGAUUUAAAUUAUAAUCCUAAACAGGUCAUUUAUUCUCUAUAAAUCUUUCUGAAUAGCACCUUUUGUCCUGGCUUUUUCAUUUUUAAAAAUUAAUCUUAACUGACUACUCCGAAGAACUAAACUAAGCAGUAUAAAAACAAUUAGGAUGAAUUCUUCCAUCCCUGACUGCACAUCAAAGUGUCGAUCCCUGAAGCAUGCUUUGGAUGUCCUUUCUGUGGUAACAAAGGGGAAUGAAAACCAGAUUAAGGCCUUUCUCUCCAGUUAUUGUUACAAUGCUGCAACUAUCAAAGAUGCUUUUGGCAGAAAUGCCCUCCACCUUGUUUCCUCCUGUGGAAAGAAAGGAGUGUUAGAUUGGCUUAUUGAGAAAGGAGUGGAUCUACUGGUGAAAGACAAGGAAUCAGGAUGGACAGCUUUGCACAGAAGCAUUUUUUAUGGACAUAUUGAUUGUGUUUGGUCUCUAUUGAAGCAUGGUGUUAGUCUGUAUAUUCAAGACAAAGAAGGCUUGUCAGCUUUGGAUCUUGUAAUGAAGGAUAGACCAACUCAUGUAGUAUUCAAAACUACUGAUCCUACAGAUGUCUACACUUGGGGAGAUAAUACGAAUUUCACCCUGGGUCAUGGAAGCCAGAAUAGCAAACAUCAUCCAGAGUUGGUGGAUCUGUUCUCCCGGAGUGGGGUUUAUAUCAAGCAGGUGGUGCUUUGUAAAUUUCAUUCAGUGUUUCUGUCUCAGAAAGGUCAGGUUUAUACCUGUGGUCAUGGUCCCGGAGGACGUUUAGGCCAUGGAGAUGAACAGACAUGCUUGAUCCCUAGGCUUGUGGAAGGACUGAGUGGUCAUAAUUGUUCCCAAGUGGCAGCUGCUAAGGAUCAUACUGUUGUACUGACUGAAGAUGGAUGUGUUUAUACUUUUGGUCUGAAUAUUUUUCAUCAAUUAGGAAUUAUUCCUCCACCUUCCAGUUGUAAUGUACCCAGACAGAUGCAGGCAAAAUAUCUGAAAGGAAGGACAAUCAUUGGAGUAGCAGCAGGCAGGUUUCAUACAGUGCUGUGGACUAGAGAAGCUGUUUACACUAUGGGGCUAAAUGGUGGACAACUGGGUUAUUUGCCAGAUCCCAAUGGAGAAAAGUAUGUAACUGCUCCUCGUCAAGUCUCUGCCCUUCAUCAUAAGGAUAUCACUUUGUCUUUGGUUGCUGCAAGUGAUGGGGCCACAGUCUGUGUUACCACAAGGGGAGAUAUUUACUUACUUGCAGACUAUCAGUGCAAGAAGAUGGCUUCUAAACAACUAAACUUGAAAAAAGUUCUUGUUUCUGGGGGGCGUAUGGAAUACAAGGUUGAUCCUGAAAAUUUGAAAGAAAAUGGAGGUCAAAAAAUUUGCAUUCUUGCAAUGGAUGGAGCUGGAAGGGUAUUUUGUUGGAGAUCAGUCAGCAGUUCUGUCAAGCAGUGUCGAUGGGCCUAUCCACGCCAGGUCUUCAUUUCUGACAUUGCUUUAAAUAGAAAAGACAUUUUAUUUGUCACACAAGAUGGGGAAGGAUUUCGAGGGAAAUGGUUUGAAGAAAAAAAAAAGAAUUCUGAAAAGAAAGAGAUUUUAUCAAAUCUUCAUAAUUCCUCAUCAGAUGUGUCUUGUGUCUCUGAUAUAAAUAGUGUAUAUGAAAGAAUUCGACUUGAGAAACUUACUUUUGCCCAUAGAGCUGUUAGUGUCAGCACAGAUCCAAGUGGAUGCAACUUUGCAAUCCUGCAGUCAGAUCCUAAAACAAGCCUUUAUGAAAUUCCAGCUGUAUCGUCAUCAUCCUUUUUUGAAGAGUUUGGCAAACUCUUAAGGGAAACAGAUGAAACGGACAAUAUACAUGAUGUGACAUUUCAAGUUGGCAAUAGAAUUUUCCCUGCACAUAAAUAUAUUUUGGCAGUGCAUUCUGACUUUUUUCAGAAAUUGUUUCUUUCAGAUGGGACCUCUUUAGACUUUACAGAUGUUUACCGGAAAGAUGAAGAUUCUGCAGGAUGCCAUCUCUUUGUGGUAGAGAAGGUUCAUCCUGACUUGUUUGAGUACCUUUUACAAUUUAUAUACACAGAUACUUGUGAUUUUUUAAUUCAUGGCUUCACACCAAGAAUAAACUUUAAGAAAAAGCCAGAAGAAUAUCAGGGCACUAUGAAUUCUCAUUCAAAUAAAAUGAAUUGCCAUGAAGAUAAUCAGAAGUCAGCAUUUGAAGUUUACAGAAGUAAUCAAGCUCAAACAGUUAAUGAAAAGCAGAAAAGCAAACCAAAAUCUUCCAAUAAAGGGAAAAGUAUUGGGGAAGAUGAUCCUGUAAGAAUGUUGCAAAAUGUUGCAAAGAAAUUUGGUUUCAGUAAUUUGAGUAGUAGGUUAGAUGGAGUCAAAUUUGAAAAUGGAAAAAUUAAUGUUAUUGAGAAGAAACCUGGUACUAAAUCAAAGCUAAAUCAGAAAAAAUGUUCAUUUCUAUGUGAUGUGACCAUGAAAUCAGUGGACGGAAAGGAAUUUCCUUGUCAUAAGUGUGUUCUUUGUGCUAGACUUGAAUAUUUUCAUAGUAUGCUGAGUAGCUCAUGGAUUGAGGCUUCCACUUGUACAGCUCUGGAAAUGCCAAUACAUUCUGACAUACUGAAAGUUAUUUUGGACUACCUCUAUACUGAUGAAGCUGUGGUGAUAAAAGAAUCUCAAAAUGUGGAUUUUGUGUGUAGUGUUCUUGUGGUGGCUGAUCAGCUUCUUAUAACUCGAUUGAAAGGGAUUUGUGAAGUAGCAUUAACUGAGAAACUUACCCUUAAGAAUGCUGCUAUGGUACUGGAAUUUGCAGCAAUGUAUAAUGCUGAACAAUUGAAACUGUCUUGUUUACAGUUUAUAGGACUGAAUAUGGCCUCUUUACUUGAAGCAAGGUCUCUUGAUGUUUUAAGUGAUGGUGUUUUGAAGGAUCUUUCUGUGUUUUAUAGAAAAAUGAUUCCAGCAAUGGAAAGAAGAGUCAUUACACCAUAUCAAGAUGGACCAGAUAUUAGCUAUUUGGAAGUAGAAGAUGGAGAUAUCUUUUUGAAAGAAGAAAUAAAUUUGGAACAAAAUUAUUCGGAAAGUAUGUUCAAGAAGGCAAAAACAAAAGCAAAAAAGAAGUCACGUAAGCGUUCAGAUAGUUCUGGAGGUUAUAACCUUUCAGAUGUUAUUCAGAGUCCACCAUCUACAGGACUCUUAAAGUCUGGUAAGACCAAUUCUGUGGAAUCUCUUCCAGAACUGUUGACAUCAGACUCUGAAGGAAGCUAUGCAGGAGUGGGUAGUCCUAGAGAUUUACAGUCCCCUGAUUUCACAGCAGGAUUUCAGUCAGAUAAACUUGAGGGGAAAAUUAAACCAUAUGUUAAUGGUACACCUCCUACAUAUUCUAGGGAAGAUUUAAAACCAUGGGAAAAAUCACCAGUACUUAACAUAUCUGCUCCACAGACCAUUCCCAGUAACAGAAUUGAUACUACAAGCUCUUCCACUUGGGUUGCUGGCUCUUUCAGUCCUGUCAGCCCUCCGGUCAUGGAUCUCAGAACCAUCAUGCAAAUUGAAGAAAGUAGACAAAAAUGUGGAGCUACACCAAAGACAAAUUUGGGCAAAAUGAUUUCUCAUGGCGUUAAACUUUCUCAGAAGCAACGAAAAAUGAUUGCAAUGACUACCAAAGAAAACAAUUCAGGAACGAAUAGCAUGGAAACAGCUUUAACUGCUCCUUCAAAAACUCCAAAACCAGCGAAUGCAUGGGCAUCUUCUCUGCAUUCAGUUUCAUCCAAGUCAUUCCGGGAUUUCUUAGAAGAAAAAAAAUCUAUUACUGGAGAUCAUGUCAAAAAAGUUUGUUUUAAAGGAAUAGAAAAUUCCCCGGCUUCAAAAGUUGAAAGAUGCUCGACUCAUGGUACCCCAGGACCAGAAGGCAACCAUAUUUCAGAUUUACCACUUGUAGACAGUCACAAUCCCUGGCUGUCUUCUUCAUUGACUGCUCCUUCCAUGGUAGCCCCAGUCACUUUUGCAUCUAUUGUAGAAGAAGAACUACAGCAGGAAGCAGCUCUUAUCAGAAGUCGAGAAAAACCCUUGGCUUUGAUUCAGAUUGAAGAGCAUGCGAUACAAGAUUUAUUGGUUUUCUAUGAGGCAUUUGGCAACCCUGAUGAGUUUGUCAUUGUUGAAAGGACACCACAGGGACCACUAGCAGUACCUAUGUGGAAUAAGCAUGGAUGCUAAUUUGCUGUGGAGUUGAAAUGCACUUUUCAUAAAUCAUGAUUGUUAAAAAGCAGAGUUAUGGAAAAGAGUUCUUACAAAUUUGGUAACAUCGUUCUAGAUAGAUUAAGAAAGGAUCUAAUUUCUUUAGUGCAGUUUAGGUAUAUAAUGUUUGUAUGAUUAAAAACAAAUGCCACAGAAUUGUGAUUUCAGUAACUUUUUAUGUAAAACUCUGUGAGAGGAAAAACUUACUAGGUUAAAAAUUUAAGUAGAAUUAUUUCUCCUGAACAGUCUGAAAAGGAAAACAUGAGUGAUUGAAGUAUAAAAUUUAAGUGUGAGGCAUUAAAAAUAACUUUCCAUUUGAGAAUUUGGGAUAAAUAAUUUAGAAGAUAUUGCCAAAUAUCUGUUGUCACUUUUUUUUUUUUUUAAUAUGAUAUUGAUGAGCUUAAAGUAGGAGCAUCAGCCAUUACUUCUGAUCCAUUAAUGGCCAAAAUUUUAUGUUUGCAAUAGUAGUUGUUUUCAUUCUUGCAUCUUUUUUGAUCAGGCCAUCAAUGUUCCAGAUCUAUUUAAAGCAUGGACUGCUCAAAUGCUGUAUUAUUUCAAUUUGUACGCAUAUUUUGCUUUAAACUACAGAGUACAGUGAAAAGAGAAUGUGAAUACUAUUCUGAAGCUUUUGUCCAAGAUAAUGGUUCCUUUAUUAAAUUUGGAGUCAUUGUGUGUUGGUUUUUUGGUGGGGAGGGAAGACCUCAUAAAAGCCUGAUUAUGAGAGAAUCAAUUUAUCAAAAUAUUAAAAUUUUCCAAAAUAAAUGCUUAAUUAUACAUACAAGAAUUGAAUAGUUUUGAAGACCCUUUACAAUAUUAUGUAAUCAGAAGUUCUCUGAGCCUGAGUUAUAUGAAUAGGCAUAAACAUUGUUCUCUUUACAGUAUGCUAUUUGGUUUUGAGUGGUUAAAUUUUUUAAAAACAAAUGUUAAAUCUGUGCUCCAGUAAACUAGACAAAUUGGGAAGGUUAAUGUUCUAGUUUCUGAAACAUAAUCCUAGGGGAACAUAUAGGCAAUUCACUGCUGUAAUUCAGGUGAUUGAAAUAUGGCUGAAACUAACUUAAUACUUGAGGCUUAGCUCUACCUAAAUUUGUAAGCAAAUGUGCAAUAAAAAAUAAUCUUGAUCCAUUUUA